UUCUCGGUUCUCUGUACCAAAUAUUAAGCUCUCGUUACCAGAUUUGACUUUUAUGAUUGUUAGUGUCACUGUUCUGCUUUGAUGGGUUUGAAGCGGAACCAGUGUUCUCUGAUGUCCUUAGAUCUACAUUCUAGAAACUGAUCCGAUGCAUUGCAUUGGUUCUUGCUUGCAUGGUGUAGUUACUAUCAUGUUUUUACUCAAAUAUCAAAAAAAAUUAUAGCUCAAGUAGCAUUGUGCUUACGUUUGAUCACUAAUAGGUGAGUAUGACAUUGUGUACAUUAAUCUUGAUAUGAUUUGUCUUCCAUUUUAUUUAAGCUUUCUGUGUUAUGAUUCUCUUUUAGCUUAACGUAAUUAUUCUUAACAUGACUAUGAAAUUGAUUCGAUGCAUUGUAUGGUUCUUGCUUGCAUGGUAUAGUACUGUCGUGUUUUUACUCAAAUAUCACAAAGUGUAUAGUUCAGUGGCAAAAUCGUUCGCCCUAAUAAACCUCUCAGGCACAAUUCUCGAGAAACUCCUUUGGUCACCGUUUCACGGCGUCGGCGGCGCAUUUUCUCGCCAACGUCGCCUCUGUUUCCUUCCUCCCAUGCUUCUCUUCACUUUGGUCUCUGUCUACUUAAGUUCUUUUGGAGUUUUUGUGUUGUCUUUUCCGUGCUCGGCUCCUCCCUCCUUUGAGAUGACUCGUAUGGCAUUCUCUGGCGGUUUGGAUACCACCGGAAUUGUUUGUUUCUCCGGGGGUUCCCGGUCUACAUCUCGUCCAAGCGUUUCCUCCCCUCGCUGCAGUCUCUACCUUGGCUCCUCGCUUGUCUCGUGCAGAUCUGCGAGCCUUGUCUCCAUCAACGUAACUCAGAGACUCUCAACCGAAGAUUUUCGACGGAUCUCUUCCUCCCUUCCACCGCAAGUCCUCCUUCCGCCUUUAGUUUCCGGUGACCGAACGUCUGCUGUCUGUGGGGCUCCACGCUUGACCCGCCGUUCAGAUCUGGAAGCAUUUUGGUUGAUAUGGACAAUCUCACCUCGAUUCACAACCACCACCUUCAUCCCGACAAGGUCCCGUUUUAAAAGACUCUACUAUGGAUACGGCGAGGUCCGACGCGCUGACGACAGUUCUGCUCCAUCUUCGAUAGAUGGUGGUGUGAGUCUUGUCGACUUCGGGGAGAUUAACUUGCCAUCAGCUGACACGCCGUGCUUCAUAACCGGCGACUGCCCCUUCAAAUCCGACAAGAACCCUAAGCUUUCAAGUCUCCCGAUCAAGCAGGCGUUCAGUUUAAAGCCAAGAAUGUUAAUCUUCUGGGCCUGGCCAUAUUUAUAGAAGGUAUUGAUCUAGAGGAUAUCCGUACGUACGUGCAGUGUCCGAUAUGUCUAGG